AUUCAGUUCUCGCCAUUCCAUUCCAUUCCAUGGCUGCUGUGGUCCGCACUUCAUCGUGCUCUCACUACAGGUGCGAGCCAUGGCGUCUCUCCACCACACACACCUAGUGCGCCUGCUGGGCUUCUGCCUGGACCAGAACGUGGAGACGGGCAAGCAGGAGCAGAUCCUCGUGUACGAGUUCAUGGCAAACAGAGACCUCCAGUACCACAUCCAUGCGAGCAAACCAGACAUGCAAGCCAAGGUGUCUGACUUUGGGCUGCUCAAGCGCCUCACUCACGGCGAUGCUGAUGUCACGCGAGUGGCCGGCACUCCGGGCUAUGUGGAUCCGGACUACACCCGCACCCACGUCAUCACUGUCAAGAGUGACGUGUUCAGCUUUGGAAUCGUGCUUCUUGAGCUGCUGAGUGGCAAGUCACCCCAAGUUGACGCAAAAACGCACAUAAGAAAAUGGGCUAUGAAGCUCGUGGAGGCGUAUGAGGUGGAUGAGCUGAAGGACAGCAAGAUGCCGGCAGUAAGUGAAGAGGCUAUAGUGGACUUUGCAGACCUGGCCCUGGACUGCAUCAAGUCUCCCGGCACACGGCGACCCACCAUGAAGGAUGUGGCAUACCGCCUCAGUGCCCUCAUUGACAAGCACUGCCCCAACAAGGAAGACGAGUGGGAGAUUGUCGCAAAAGAGGAGAGUCCAAGCAGCAUGGAUAUGUCCUCAAGAAAUGCUUCUGCUCUAUUGGCUAGAGAUGGUUGUAAGGAGUCUGAGAGGCGUGAUGGCUCACAGUCUGGUGUGAGCUCAUUGUUGGGCAUUAGCUCAUUAACUGAUGGCCUCAAGAGUUGGCUGCUGCAAUCAAAGCCAGCCAAUGGCCGCUGA